GAGUAGAUCAUUCAUUGCGAGUAAGCCACGAUGGAUGUUGACUUGGAAUGGAAUAUUGAUUGGCCUAUAUUUGGAUAUCCCUGACUUUUGAUGUGGACAAUCUUCCAGAAUAUCAAGUCAGAAAGAGAAAUUUAUUGACUAUAUAGACGGAAUGAUAUGUUAAGAAAUCAUUGUUUUUUAACAUAAGAGCAUUGGAUCGUGAUAGUCAAAGACGGCGUGGUGAUUUAGAGGACCUCGACCUGUGAGCUGAGGGGUGUUAGUGGAAGGUUUGCCGCUUAGUUACUGACCUGGGUCUGGUUCACCCUAUAGGCCUAACGCUAGGUAACCAGAGACAAGACCAUGCCGGAACCGGGAAAGCUAAAGGAGGCUUUGUCCAACGGUUCAAUUCGUUCCAAUGCGACCAAGGCACCAACGUUCGAGGAGGUGUUAAAGGAGGUGGGCGAGUUUGGGUUCUUCCAGAUGCGCCUGUUCAGUAUUCUCACCUUGAUGGACCUCGGCACAGGCCAGUGUAUGAUGUUCUUCGUAUUCGCAAACGCCAACCCGGGAUGGGAAUGUGUUCGUUAUCAUGGUUACGGGAAUGUGUCGUUUUUAUUGUUUUCGGACAAUGGGACGUCAUCAGAGAAUCGGACAGCAGGCGGUUGUAACUUGUUAAGGGAUGAGUGUGAAGAAGUGAACUUUUCUGGGCAGUUUUCGUCUAUAGUUUCCGAGUUUGGUCUAAUAUGUGGCUUGUCGUACGUGCCGAAGCUGGCGGUCAGUAUCCAGAUGCUCGGUGUCCUCCUGGGGGCUCUCCUGACUGGACAGCUAGCGGACCUUUUCGGUCGCAAGAAGACCCUGUUGGCUGUGGCGUCCGGGAUGAUGUUCAUCCAAGCUGCAGUCUCUCUCUCGUGUUCGUGGCAGGUCUACAUCUUCACCAGGUUCCUGGCCUGUGUCUGCCUUGGUGGCACCAUGUGUCUCAUCACCACCAUGCCCAUGGAGUUCAUCGGACCAAAAUGGCGGACAUUCUGUGGAUCUCUGAGCCUAUUCGUCCUGGGACUCAUCCUCCAGUGCCUCUGGGCUUACGUACUCGGUGAUUGGCGCUACCAGGCGCUGGUGUCUGGACUGUCCACAACACCCCUUCUUCUCUGUAUCAUCAUAUGGGUUCCUGAAAGUGUCCGAUGGCUCAUUCAGAAGGGACGUUUCGCCGAAGCAGAGGCCAUCAUGAAGCGUAUCGCUGUCUGUAAUGGUAAAGAGGUGCCGGACCUGACCAUCCUGAAGGCGAUCGCCUUGCGGGACAACCAGGAGAACAGCCGGCGGCACCGGUACAGCUACCUGGACCUGUUCAGGGGAAAGCAAGUGGCUUCAAGGACAGUAGUGUUAUUGUUCACAUGGUUCACAUGUUCGACAAUUUUCUAUGGCAUAUCAACGCAAUAUGGUAGCCUAAGUGGUAACUUCUACAUCAACACUCUCAUAUCUCCAAUGUUGGCACUGCCUUUUGCGUGGACCGUCAUUCUGACAGGACUAAGAUUCGGUCGUCGCUGGUCGUUCGUGGGCUACAUGGUCAUUCCGAGCACGUGUAUGUGUAUCGUGCUCGUCUUCAUCAGCACAGGGCUGGACGAGGACCACCCGAACCUCACCCGGGCGCUCGUCCUCAUCGGGAAGGGAGCCGUCAAUGCCUGUUGGAUGCUGGCUGCUAUCUAUUCCAGUGAGCUUUAUCCCACGCUUAUGAGAAACAUCGGAAUGGGUGCUUGCAGCAUGUUCGCUAGAGUGGCUGGGGCUGUCACUCCACAGAUAUCAUACCUGGGCAUGAUGUACCACCGGUCCAUCCCGUACGCCGUCUACACGAUCCUGGCUGUGACCAGCGCCGUCCUUGUCUUCACCUUCCUGCCAGAGACCAAGGACAAGCCCUUACCAGAGUCGACUGCCCUCCCGAUAGAGGGCGAGGCGGAAAGAGCCACCGAGACUAUCGGUACUGCCGAGGAACAACUUUGAGUUGUAAGAUGUAAACAUCGUCUCAAAAGUGAUUCUACGUAGGUCUGCUGGACCAUAAACAUAACGAACGGAGUAACUCGGAAAAACUAGUAGGCCUAUAUCUUGUAUAACUUGUAUAUAUUGUAUUGGAUUCAGGAUCCAGGAGGUGUCUGUUUCGAACCCAUGGAGGGUUAACAAGGUGCUCUAAACUGAGGUGCUAUAAUAAAGAAGUUAUUCUAGAUGUCACAACAUGUAUGUCUUAUUCAUACCGUCUCAAAGACACUGUCACAACAUGUAUGUCUCAUUCAUACCGUCUCAAAGACACUUUUUGUACUUUUUCAAUAAAUUUGAUCAUAUCUCAUA